ACCAUUGUUGUGUUCCCUCUCUCACCUCAUAGCCAUUAGACGCCAUUAAGUAGAAUUUCCCUUUAAUCACAUUUUGUGUUCUUCAAUUUCAAUCUCUCAACACAGUAAUCUGAAAAAGAAGCCCCACAAACGCACAUAUAUAUACAUGUUGACUGUAUCAAGAAUGAAAUCGUUCCUCAAUCUCUCCCCAGCACUUUCCAAUAACGUUACUACUCCUUUUUCCUGCUGUUUCCACUCUGAGCAAUCCAUUAUUUUACGCAAAACUUCCAGAAAUAUGCACGCUGCUAAAAUUCUCCAAACCCCUAAUUUUUUCUCUAGAAUUUCUGUGAUACAUUCUCUUGUAAACUGUGCGAAGCCCUCAGAUCGUAAUCGAAUUCGUAGCUUGCAUACUGAGGCCGCUUCGAGGUCUGGUGAAAUUCACGUGAUUGUGGGCCCCAUGUUUGCCGGCAAGACCACUACGCUUCUCAGGAGAAUUAAGCUCGAGAGCAGUAAUGGCAGUUUUCAGGCCAAUGCCAUAAGGAAUUCCAUCCAUUUGGGUAAAACACUGAAGGGUCUCUGUUUAACUGGGAGACUAUCAGAGGCUAUUGGGGUAUUGUGCCGCACAGGAGAGAAAGUAGAAUCUGGAACUUAUUCUCUUCUUUUGCAAGAAUGCAUUUUCAGGAAAGCAUAUAAGAAGGGUAGAAGAAUUCAUUGGCAAAUGACCGUUGCUGGAUUUGUUCCAGAUGAAUAUCUGAAGGUCAAACUUAUGAUUUUCUAUGCAAAAGCUGGAGAUCUAGAUAGUGCCCACACUCUUUUUGAUAACUUGCUGGUGAAAACUUUAAUUUCGUGGAAUGCAAUGAUUGCAGGAUAUGUGCAGAAGAGUAUGGAAGAAGUGGGUUUGGGUUUUUAUUACCAGAUGAGACAACGUGGUUUGAUACCAGACCAGUAUACGUUUGCGUCGGUCUUUAGGGCCUGUGCAUCAUUGGCCAUUCUGGAACAAGGCAAACAAGCCCAUGCAGUGUUGAUCAAGAGUCAAAUUAGUGAAAAUAUUGUAGUUACUAGUGCUCUCAUGGAUAUGUACUUCAAGUGCAGUAGCCUCUCUGAUGGGUUUCGAGUAUUUGACAAGUGUUUAGAUAAAAAUGUUAUAACUUGGACUGCUCUGAUCUCUGGUUAUGGUCAGCAUGGAAAAGUAUUUGAGGUUCUAGAAUAUUUUCAUCAGAUGAUAAAUGAAGGAUUUCGACCAAAUCAAAUCACUUUUCUUGCAGUACUUACUGCUUGUAGCCAUGGAGGUUUGGUAGAUGAAGGUCAGGAAUAUUUCUUGUCAAUGAUGAGAGAUUAUGGUGUUCAGCCAAGAGGAAAACAUUAUGCGACUGUGGUUGAUCUUUUAGGCCGUGCUGGGAGGUUAAUAGAGGCCUACAAGUUUGUCGAAAAUUCACCAUGUAAAGAGCACCCAGCAAUUUGGGGUGCUUUGUUAGGGGCAUGCAAGAUUCAUGGAAAUGUAGAUAUGAUAAAACUUGCUGCAAAGAACUUUUUUGAAUUGGAACCGGAGAAUGCAGGGAAGUACAUAGUUUUGUCUAAUGCAUAUGCCACUUUUGGUCUAUGGAACAAUGUCGCAGAGAUUAGGAGUAUAAUGAAGGAGUCUGGGAUUAAAAAGGAGCCUGGUUAUAGCAUGAUUGAGGUUCAGGCAGAGGCCCACUUCUUUUUUAUGGGUGAUAACAUUCACAAACAAACUGAACAGAUUUAUGAGUUGAUUAAAGAUAUGGCUUGUAUUCUGAAAGAUACAGGAGAUGCCCUUGACUCAAGCAUCUAAGAACGUAAUAAGUAACCUAAAGGGGAAAAAUUUCUUCAUUUUCUGACCACCUCCAUGCGGCAUAAUGUCUUUCUUAGGAGAUUUGAUAGUUACAGAUCUUAGCUUUGCUUUGGAAUGACAGAAGAAAUGUAGCGAUUAUAAAAUCAAACAAGGAUACUAGAUAUGCCGUAGACUCUAUUGUAACACAUGAUGGAGAGAAAUUACCAUGUUG